AUGUUUGCCCCAAAGACAUCCGCACCUGCUUCAGGCGGCCUGUCCAUAAGUACUGGCGGCACCAGUUCCUUAUUCGGCAAUACACAAAGCACAACCACGCCUGCUUCUGGCACGACAAAUACCACCGGCGGUCUCUUCGUAAAUACCUCGACGACGCCAAAGCCCGCUGGCAGCAUGUUCGGAGCUGCGGCCUCUCAGGCUGCGCAGAACGCUGGUGCCCCUGCGCCUAGCGGUGGUCUUUUCGGAAACACAGCUACCACGCAGCCUGCGUCAGGCGGGUUGUUUGGUGGAACUCUUGGAGCGGGCGCUGGCGCUGGCACCAACACGACUCAGAGCGGAACUGGGUCUAGUCUUUUCGGGAGCAGCGUCACUGCUGGUGGUAACACGAACUCCACUCUUCAGACUGGCAAGUCGCCGUUCGGUGGUGGACUCGGUGGUGGACUCGGUGGCGGUGGCCUAGGUGGUGGACUUGGACUCGGUGGCGGACUGGGUGGCUCAACGCUUGGUGGUACUCAAAACAACCAACAGCAAUCCCAAAAACCCAGUCUCUCGGUCUUCAAUACUGGCACAACACAGGGAACGCAGCCUUUACAGCAAAACAACAACACGGUUGUCCAAGGCGUCAAGGUCGACCUUACCAACCUGCUACCCACUACGAAGUUCGAGAGCUGCGCCGAUGAGAUUCGCUCCGAGAUCGAGGCAAUCGACAACCACAUUCUUACUCAGAUAAAGUACUGUAACGAGGUCUCGGAUCUGCUCCCUACGAUUGAAAACCAGGGCUCUCUUAUCCCCAACGAUGUUGAAUUUGUGCAAGGAAAAUUAGAAACGAUGCAAAACGCACUGGAAAACGACGCCCGUGACAUUGACGGACUCCGCAGUCUUGUUUCUCGCGAUGCGGCCGAGGCACAGGUUGCAUUCCGGGCUAUCGACACACUGAAGCUGCCCCUGCAAUACCAGUCGAACGGCGGUGGAUGGUGGUCAGUACAGGACCAAAAAGCGCCUGAGAUCCGCUCCACUCGCAAGAACACCCUCGCCCUUCCCGACGACGUGGAGGGAGACCCGUCCGCAACUACGGUCAACGGCGUCCCCGUCAACCUGGUCGACUACUUCUCACACCGCUCGGAUGAAAUGGGAGCCGUGCUGUCCCGGUACACCGGAAACCUCAAGGAAAUCGAAGACCACCUCCACGGCGUCGAGGCCACCCUCAACCGCCAGAUCAACGACUUUGUCAGCUCCAAGUCUCGCGACGGACCCGGCUCUACAGUGCCCAAGUCCACAGUGUAUGAGCUCGCAGCAGUCCUCGGGGAUGUCGAGGCCGGUAUCAUGGGCGUCGCAGGUCGUCUCAGUACAGUUUCGGAACAGGUGCAGGACAUUUCAAUGGGGACACUCGGAGAUGGCCGACUCAACCUGUGA